AUGCGCGCCUCCUCCUCGCGGCUUCUCGUCGUCCUCGCGCGGCUGUGCGCCGCCCUCGCCUGUUCCACCGUCCACGUUCCUGCGCCGGGCAACGCUACCGUCAUCGCUCGCACGAUGGAGCUUGGCAGCCUCGGCGGCGAGGCGGCGCUCAGCUUCCGGGGCUUCCCAGCACCUAGCAGCGGCAGCGGCCUCGCGUGGCGUGUGGCGGUGCACAGGCGCGGAGAGGAGGUCGGAAAGGCCAUCUCGCUCGUGUGCGACGCCAUCACGCACACGUCGUGGAUCACAAAGCUCGGCUAUGUUUCUGUGGACGUCGCCGCUCAGAGCCCUUUCCCCAAGCUCAACGUCACAGUCAACCUUGCGAGCGACGGCAUCAACGAGGCUGGCCUCACCGUGUCCGAGCACACGCUGCGCCAGAGCGUCUACGCGGACGCCGCCGCGCCAGCGCCCGCCGGCACGUCCCGCGUCUGCUUCGCAGCCUUCACGGCGUGGUUGCUCGGCAACGUGGCGACGGUGCGCGAGCUGCGUGAGGAGGUGCUACCGCGGCUGCGCGUGGUCGGGCCGGUGGUGCCGCUGCCGAGCGGCGACCUGCUCCACUGGACGAUCGACGACGAACGCGAGCACCAGGUGGGCGCCUUCACCAACGACCCCGACUUCACGUGGCACCUGCGGAACCUCAACAACUUCGCCAACCUCAGCCCCGACUGGCCAAAGGGCGGCGAGCGCAUCACCGUGCAGAGCGAGGUCGGCGCGCUGCCUCACGCGGUGGGUCAUGGCUUCAACCUGCUCGGCCUGCCGGGCGACGCCUCGCCGCCGAGCCGCUUCGUGCGCCUCUUCUUCCAGCGGCAGUACGCCGUGCUGCGCGCGCCUCCCGCCUCGCUCAACGAGAGCCUCUCCCUCGCCAUCGGCCUGCUCAGCUCCGUCUUCAUCAGCCAGGGCACCGUCGCGAGCGCCUCGCCCGCCGCCGGCUUCGAGCUCACCCAGUACUCGGUCCUCAAGCUGCCCGCGGCGCGCCAGUUCCUCUUCCGCGACUAUGCGAGCCCACGCUGGAGGCGGGUCCGACUCGGCGAGCUCGACUUUGCGCCGCGGGCCGGCGCAUCGGCGCGCAGCCUGCCGGUCGGGGAUGGCACCCUCGGCGUCGAGGAUGUGACCGCGAAGCUGGGCUGA